AUGGCGCCUGCUGCCAAACCGAGCAAGCAAGGCACAGACGAUUCGGAGACGCCGUCGAACAAUCUCUGGGUCGGGAACUUAGCGAGUGACGUCACCGACUCUGAGCUCAUGGACCUCUUUGCCCAGUACGGUGCGUUAGAUAGCGUCACCACCUACUCGUCGCGGAGCUACGGCUUCGUGUUCUUCAAGCGUGUGGAGGACUCUGCGGCGGCCAAGGAGUCAUUGCAAGGCGCCCUUCUGCGUGGAAACCCCAUUAAGAUUGAGUUUGCUCGACCGGCAAAACCUUGCAAGAAUCUAUGGGUAGGUGGAAUUAGCCCAUCUGUUUCGAAGGAAGAACUAGAAGAAGAAUUUCUUAAGUUUGGAAAAGUGGAGGACUUCAAGUUCCUUAGAGACCGGAAUACUGCAUUUGUUGAAUAUUUUAGAUUGGAGGAUGCUUCCCAUGCAAUGAGAAACAUGAAUGGGAAGCGAUUGGGUGGUGACCAGAUACGUGUGGAUUUUCUUCGGUCACAACCCUCAAGAAGGGAACAGUGGCCUGACUACAGAGACGGACAGUUUCUGUCCAGAAACACGGGGCCCACUGAUUCUCAAAAAAGACAACAGUAUUCUCAAUCUGCUGGGGGACGAAAAGGUGACAGUCAACCGAGUAACGUUCUGUGGAUUGGCUAUCCUCCUUCUGUUCAGAUUGAUGAACAAAUGCUCCACAAUGCAAUGAUUUUGUUUGGUGAGAUUGAGAGGAUUAAAAGUUUUCCUUCAAGGCACUACUCCUUUGUCGAAUUCAGGAGUGUAGAUGAAGCUCGGCGUGCCAAGGAAGGGUUGCAGGGCAGGCUUUUCAAUGAUCCUCGGAUUACAAUUAUGUUCUCAAGCAGUGGGCUGGCCCCCGGUAAAGAUUACUCUGGCCCUUAUCCUGGCGGCAAAGGACCUAGAGCAGAUAUGUUAUUCAAUGAACAAUCUCUUCGGCCUUUACAGAUGGAUAUGUUCGGUCAUAACCGUCCAAUGAUGUCUAAUAACUAUCCGGGAGCUCUACCACCAAGUGGCAUUCUUGGACCAAAUGUCCCAAUGAGGCCUUUAGGUCCUCAAGGUAGGUUUGACCUUUCAGGCCCAGAACUUAAUGAUUUGGUGUCGCUUCAUAAUUAUCAAGACGGCAAUUCCAAGAACCUGAUGGGUCCAAACUGGAGGCGGCCAUCUCCUCCCACACCUGGUGUCCUUUCUUCUCCUGCGCCUGGUAUUAGGCCACACACUAGAUCUGCAUCUAGUGCAUGGGAUGUGUUGGAUGUUAACCAAUUUCAAAGGGAAUCUAAACGAUCGAGGAUAGAUAGUCCUUUGUCCAUGGAGGACCCUCUGUAUCCAUUGAGAAAGAUGGAUGAUCAUGGAUUGGGGUUAGACUCAUCUUAUGGAAUUGGUCCAGUAAUAGAUGGAGGUGCUUCUGGUCCAUCUAUGAAUGGCCAAGGGAUUAGUCCAGCUGGUGCAAGGGUCUCAGUUGGAGGGCCUCCUGAUAAUGAUUAUAUAUGGCGUGGAACUAUUGCCAAGGGUGGAACACCUGUUUGUCAUGCUCGCUGUGUCCCUAUAGGAAAAGGGAUAGGAAAUGAGCUCCCUGAAAUUGUUAAUUGUUCAGCCAGAACUGGACUGGAUAUGCUCACAAAACACUACGCUGAGGCCAUUGGGUUUGACAUUGUUUUCUUCUUGCCAGAUAGUGAAGAUGAUUUUGCUUCCUACACUGAAUUCCUUCGUUAUCUUGGUGCCAAAAAUCGUGCUGGUGUUGCCAAGUUUGAUGAUGGGAUGACCUUAUUUUUGGUACCUCCUUCAGAUUUCUUGAAGAAUGUUUUGAAAGUUGCAGGCCCUGAACGUCUGUAUGGUGUGGUUCUGAAGUUUCCACAACAAGUUCCUAGUACUGUUUCUAUGCACCAACAAAUGCAGCCCAUGCCACCUUCACAGUUCAUAGAUAGACAGCAGAUUCUUUCUUCACAAGCUGAGUAUAGUGCAAUCCCAUCGAAGGAGGAACAUAUUUUGCCUAUGGAUUAUAACAGGGUUUUGCAUGAGGACUCGAAGCUUUCUGCAAAACCACCAUUUCCACCUACUAGUGAGCCCUCUGGAGUGCAGCCCCAAGACUAUGCUUCUAGUAAUAGUGCUGCAGUAUCGCAAGCUGGAGUUACAUUAACUCCUGAACUUAUUGCCACUCUGGCGACUUUACUGCCUGGAAAUGCACAGUCGUCUGGUCCAGAAAGUGCUAAGAUAUCAGUAUCCUCAGCAGCUAGGCCUUCAUUUCCUACAUUUGCAACUAAUAAAGCAUCCUCACCUGGAUGGAAACAAGAUCAACAAAUUUUUGAUCAUACCGGUAAUGCGUUGCAACAGUUAGGUAGUCAAUUUAAUCCACAUGACCAAAAUCUUUCACAGUACCAGCCAUAUCCGCCUGUUCCAAACAGUUCAAACCACUCUAACCCGCUGGUCCUCGGUAGCACCCAAUUCCCAGACUCUUCUGUCACCCUGCCCCUACAUGCUGCAAGUUCAUCCAGACCUUCGAGUAAUUUUACGAUCCCUUCUCAAGGUGGACAAGUUACUGGAUCCUCGCAUCUCAACCAGCAGUAUCUGGCUGAAGCUCCUCUUGGAACUCAGAAAGGCUUUUUAGCACAUGGAACAGAUGCCUCUGGGUUGUACAGUUCACCUGUUUCUCAGCACCACAAUAAUUCUAUGACCUUUUCUGGUCAGACUUAUGGUGCUAAUUCACAGUCUCAGACCUUUGCCCCAUUAGUGUCUGAAAAGGUGAACACAGAAUACCAGCAGCUUCAGUCUGCACUUCUUGGUGCUGGUCAGAGCGCUCCAGAUGGUGAGGCUGACAAAAACCACCGGUAUCAGUCUACGCUCCAAUUUGCUGCUAACCUCCUCCUCCAAUUACAGCAGCAACAACAGCAGCAGCAGCAAAUGGGUAGUCAAUCCGGGCGAGGAUCUGGAAGUCAACAGUGA